CAAUUAUUAACAGUAUGUACUUGUAGUCAAACGUUAGCUAGCUCGAAGUAGCCUGCUUACUUUUGAUAUGCUACGUAUGGCCACGUAGCAAUUUUUCUAGAUAGCUAGUGACCUCACUAUAAGUUAUAUAUAACUUGGCUAGCUAUGCCUGCCAGGGGAGCACCUACUAGCUAGCUAUUUAUCUAGUUAGCUGUUAUCUGCUUGCUUUGUAACUAACGUGUUGGUCUCUCCAGAGCGUAAUGCAUUAUUAACGAAGUGAUUUGCGAACUAGUUAUCUAGCCCAUGAAUCUGUAUGAGUAGCUAGCUAGCUAGCUAGGUAGCUAGCCUUGCUUACAUGCCCAGAUAGCUAAGUUAAAUGUUGUAGCAUCAUCAAAUCUGUUUGGCUUUGGUGUUCGGCAGAAUAGCUAGCUAAAGCUAAACUCCAACAAUCACUUGGGCUGGCUAGCUAGGUUACCGGCAUUAGUUUACGUUAUCGUUGUCUAUUAACAGCCCUGAUCUAGAAACGUGAAGGCGGGGGCUGUCGUAAUGUCGGAGCCCAAGGCAUCCACUCCGACACCCGGAGACAUGUACAAAGGCUGGCUCUUCAAAUGGACCAAUUACAUAAAGGGAUAUCAGAGGCGAUGGUUUGUCUUGAGCAACGGCUUGCUGUCCUACUACAGGACGCAAGCGGAGAUGGGGCACACAUGUCGAGGCACCAUCAACCUGGCAACAGCGAAUAUUGCUGUUGAGGACUCAUGCAACUUUGUCAUCUCUAAUGGCGGAGCACAGACGUAUCACCUGAAGGCCAGCUCAGAGGUGGAGAGGCAGCGGUGGAUCACUGCUUUGGAACUAGCCAAAGCAAAGGCUGUGCGCAUGCAGGCCGAGUCAGAUGAUUCAGGCGAUGACUGCUCCACGUCCUCUCCCCCUCCCUCCGGACAGGGUGGGGGAGCUCGCAAUUCAGAGGUGCAGUCCACACUGCGCACUCUGGGGAGCAAGGUAGAGGACUUGAGCACCUGUAAUGACCUCAUUGCCAAGCAUGGCUCAGCAUUGCAGAGAUCUCUGUCAGAGCUUGAAGGCGUACGGCUCGGAGGAGAGACUGGUGACAAGAUUCGGCAAGUGACCGAGAGGGCGACACUGUUCCGCAUCACCUCCAAUGCCAUGAUAAAUGCAUGCCGGGACUUCCUGGCCCUGGCUCAGACCCACAGUAAGCGCUGGCAGAAGGCCUUGCAGGCGGAGAGGGAGCAGAGGGUGCGGCUGGAGGAGACCCUGGAGCAGCUGGCCAAGCAGCACAACCACCUGGAGCGGGCCUUCAGAGGGGCCACUGUGCUGCCUGCCUCGCAGGCCAGCCCGAGCGGAGAGGCCAAGGGCUCUGCCUCUGGUAAAGGGGACGCAAGUGAUGAGGAUGAUGAAAAUGAGUUUUUCGACGCAAUGGAAGACGUGGCCGAGUUCAUCACUGUACCAGCCGAUCCCAAGUACCACAAGAGGUCAGGCAGUAAUAUCAGUGGUAUCAGCAGUGAGAUUGGAAUGGAUGACCAGUCGCUUGAUGAGCAGUCCCUAGCAUCCAAUCCAGAGUCGCCCCAGUCCCAGGAGGUGGAGCCAGUGAGGAAGAGGCGGACUCGUAUACCCGAUAAGCCCAAUUAUUCCCUCAACUUGUGGAGCAUCAUGAAGAACUGCAUCGGCAAAGAGCUGUCCAAGAUCCCCAUGCCUGUGAACUUCAACGAGCCAAUCUCCAUGCUGCAGCGUCUCUCCGAGGACCUGGAGUACUCGGAGCUGCUGGACAAGGGAGCCAAGUGCCAGAGUUCCCUGGAGCAGCUGUGCUAUGUGGCAGCCUUCACCGUCUCCUCGUACUCCACCACUGUGCACCGCACCGGCAAGCCCUUCAACCCCCUGCUAGGAGAGACCUUCGAGCUAGACAGAGUGCGGGAGAGCGGGUACCGGUCUCUGUGUGAGCAGGUGAGUCACCACCCACCUGCAGCAGCGCAUCAUGUGAUCUCUGAACGAGGCUGGACCCUGAGGCAGGAGAUUGCCGUCGCCAGCAAGUUCAGGGGAAAGUACUUGUCCAUCAUGCCUCUAGGUUCAAUCCACUGUAUAUUUGAGAAGAGCAACAAUCACUACACUUGGAAGAAGGUCACCACCACUGUCCAUAACAUCAUUGUAGGAAAGCUGUGGAUUGACCAGUCUGGGGAGAUAGACAUUGUGAAUCAUCGUACAGGAGACCGCUGUCACCUCAAGUUUGCCCCCUACAGCUACUUCUCCCGAGAUGUGGCCAGAAAGGUGACUGGUGUGGUGGCCGAUAAGGAGGGGAAGGCUCACUUCGUCCUGUCGGGGACAUAUGAGAAGAUGGAGUUCUCGCGGGUGAUGCAGAGCAGCAAAGGAGGGGAGAACGGGACUGAGGGCAAACCCAAGACUGUGUAUCAGACGCUGCGCGCACAGGACCUGUGGAGGAAGAACCCGCUACCGUGAGGUGCUGAGACCAUGUACUACUUCUCCUCUCUGGCUCUGACGCUGAACGAGCCAGAGGAGGGCACGGCUCCCACAGACAGCCGGCUUCGCCCAGACCAACGCCUGAUGGAGGACGGGCACUGGGAGGAGGCCAACGUGGAGAAACAGCGUCUGGAGGAGAAACAGCGCAGUGUGCGCAGGGAGAGGGAGAGGGAAGCUGCCCGCACUGCCAACUCUACCGAGGAGGCUGUCAUUGAGGAUUCCAUUACUGACUCGCCUCUGAAAAGCACCCACCAGGACAGCUACAAAGCCUUGUGGUUCGAGAGGUGCGAGGACCCUGCCACGGGAGAGUCCACACACAUCUACAGGGGUGGUUACUGGGAAGCCAAGGAGCAAGGAACCUGGGAGGCUUGCCCAGAUAUAUUCUGAUGUGAUCUGAACCUCCGUAGAGAGAAGCCCAUACACUGUUGCCUGCCCUCAUCUUGCUGUGGUCAGGGAGGGUGACGGGGCAACUGUCCAAAAUCAGUUUUCAUUAAUAAACACCCCCCCCCCCCCCAACUAUAUGUCAGUAAAUUGUUCCCUCUCAACUGCAAGACACUUAGGGUGGGCACAACCAGCUGGCAACUGGGGAGGGGCACCUGCUUAAUGCCUUCAUCCAUUUUAGAGAUCAGCUUUUUCUCCCCCACAUAUACUACAAAUUACCCAGUCAUAGCCUUACUCUUCUCUCUCCUCCUCCUCUGAACUUGGGCAUAUAUAAUAUCAAAUCAGGUGUGGUUAUUAAUUGCUAGCAAUGUAACACUGUUUAAACAGGAACCCUUAAUGUAAUUACUCACAUAUGACCCAUCACACUAAUCCCUGUGGGUUACCACAUCACCCACCACACUUUUGCUGUUGCUCAUGGACUUAAAAUGGAGGAGGCAGAUGUGGUAGCGAUGUGUCUGUCUUUACUGUGUUUCACAAGCACUGUUCUGGAGUGAGUAUGUGAGUGCUUGUGAUGUCUUGUCUGCGAACCCCAUUGGUAUAUUGCACCUUGUACAGUUCUCCUGACUUGGCACUAGAAUGCGUGGAAUUCUAGAAGUUGUUGACUCAAAGUUAUAGACCACUUAAUGUUACAGCAGAUCUUGACAUGCGUUUCUGCAACACAUAUACAAUACUGUUAAAAAGUUUGGAGUCACCUUGUCUUUUCCUGAUUUUUCUGAGUUAAUGUUUUAUUUUCUCUGUAUGUAAUCAAACAAUCAAUAUGUGGCCAAAGCGCUCAGCUUUGAUUAAAGGGUAUUUUUAUACAUUUGGUUUCACCACACAGUAAUUAUAGCACUUUGUAUAUGUAGUCCCCCAUUUCAUUACAUUACAUUACAUUACAUUACAUGGCAUUUAGCAGAUGCUCUUAUCCAGAGCGACAUAAAAUGAAGUGCAAAUCAAACACAAAUAUGAGUGCUAAGAGGACCUGAGAGGAUGGUACAGUUCCGAGUCCUAGUGUAAACAUACAGAUAAUCAGAACCCUUGAAGAGUACAAUCUAUCAAUGUUUUAUCAAUGUUUAAGAUAAAUUAACAUAAUGUCAAAGAGUAAUAUUUUGUUGCAUAUCCUUUGCCUGCCAUGACUUCCUGAUGUCUGUGACCCGUUUUAAGUCAUCAAGGAUCCAUGGUAACAAAUGAGCCUCAAACCACUGUGCUGCUGUCGGAUAUGCAGUAGAAAACAACAAUAAUUGUUUCUCCUGAAUAUUUUUUUCUGUUGAGUUCAUCAGGAGAAGCAAUUCUUGUACUAUCUACUGCAUAUCUGGCUGCAGCAUGAUGGUUUGAGGCUCAUUUGAUAUCUUGGACCCUUGGUAGCUUAAAGCCAUUCGGCCAACAAAUGUGUUCCAUACUGUAUCAGCAUCAUUUACAGCUGAAUCUAGUCCCAACCCCCAAUUCCCAUUGAGAUCCAUUCAAAUGCAGAGUUUUAGUAUCGCUUGUAGGACAACCUGAAAAUAAGAUAUCUAGACUGUGAUGAUGUUGAUGGGUCACAGACAUCAGGAAGUCAUGGCAUGCAAAGGAUAUGCAACCAAAUACAAAACAUAAGACUUUUAUUUCACGUUGUUAAUUUGUCUCAAACAAUGAAAUGGGGGACUACAUAUAAAAAGACCAGUACUUACUACACACUGAAACCAAAAUAAAAAUACCUUUUAGUAAAAGCUCUGAGUCUGCAAUUUGACCAGGUAUGAAUUGUUUGAUUACACAAAAUAAAAUCUAAAAUUAGAAAAAGCUGAAAAAGACAAGGUGACCCCAAACUUUUGAAUGGUAGUGUAGGUUUUUAGCCAGUGUCAUUUGUUAUGGACUCCACCAAACAUUUAUCUGAGAUGUGGUUUGGUGUGACUGUUCCUAGUAUGGUUCCUCAAAAGCACCUGGUCUCUGUUACCCAGACUGUGCUAGCGUAUUUCUACACAUUUGGCCUCAUGCAAGAACAUUUUUAUUAACACAAAUUUCUCGUACUUUUUUCGUACAAAGGGCUCGUACGAGUGUGCCACGUCGGAUUCAAGAAAUGCACCGAACUUCAGACAACUGCCAUAUAUGGGGAUGUCCAUUAUAAUGCAGUAUAUAUGGUACUGUGGGUGGGUUCAGCCAGAGAGAUUGCCAAUGGGAUAAACAAGAGCAAGGGCCAUCAAACCCUGUAGUGAGUAACUGAUUGGGUAGACUGGUUCAUUGGUUUUCAUCUAAACUUAUCAAUAUGGCUGACCGGUGACUUUCUCUUAUUCCUUCUAAACGGUUCAUUAAAAUAUGUUUAUGAAAACAUUUGAGGGGAGAAUGCAAUGCAGUAGCUGAAUCCUGAUUUAUAUUUGCUGUGAGCUGUGCUGAUGUGCACUGCAGGCUCUCGUUUACAUGACUCGUACGACAGGUCGGGAACACUCUUAAAUGUUCCUACCUAAGAGUACAUUCUAAAUAAGAGAACUUGUGAAUGAGCCGAGUUCUCUGAAAUCACUUGUACAAGUGAUUUAAGAACACAACUUACGAGUGGUUCUUGCAUGAGGCCCAUUGAAUCUGAGCUGGCCCCUUAGCCACUGUCAGUAAUCACGCUGCAUCCAGAAUCAAAGUCAUAUUGGAUGGCUCUUGAUUGAACCUUGCUUAGGAGCAGUGUCGCCACCUACAUUGUAGUCACUGCUGAGCUGCACUUUUUAAGCCAAAUUUGGCAUGACUGAAAUUACUGGUUGCUAAGCAAGUUUUUAACUCCCAGUUCUGCACCUGGUGUAGUGUUUGGGGCACAAGGAAGUUUUCAAUAAAUGCCAAGACAAUGUUUCUCUUUCAGUUUAAGAAAAGCAGCUUGAACCUGCAGAGUUUAAGCUCAGUCAUGGUAAAUGCAGUACGUCAAAGUACAGGUCUUUGACUGAUGCACUGAAUUGAAAUUGAUUUGUGUGUCUAUGGUGAUUCACAAUUACUAUUUGGACAGGACUUUUGCACAUAGUCUUUUUUGCACGGAGAUACUGUCAGAUCAAGUUAAUUCUGUAUUCUAUAUAAGAGGAAACACAGAAUGCUGAAUUAUCAUUGGAUCCAUAGAUGCCUCCAAUCACCCCCCCACGUGUUACGACACGAUGAAUGCCAUUCUGCUUCGGCCACUGGCAUGUAUUCUAUUUUGACCAAGGUCUCUAGUGUGCAGCAACAGGAACCCUCUGUUCCAUAGACAACACUAAUGUUCAUUUAAAGGAAAAAUAAUACAUUUAUAGUGGUAUAAUAUCAGUGGUUCUCUGUGUUGAUUGGUGCAUUUACCCAAGGCCCAUGAGCUUUGCAGUUACCCAUUUUCAUACAAGCACAAUGUGUGCUUUUUGUUUAAUUGAUCUUUUUUUUUUUUGCCUUUAAUGAAGGGUCUUCUCUCUGUGUUUGCUGCUCUUCAGUCGGAUGUCUGCUACAUCUUGCUGCAUACUGUCGCAGAUUAGUCUCAAAUGAAGGAUUUGGCACAAAAUGUAUUAUGUAUACACAAGAGAACUAGCAAUAGAAUAUGGUAGAAUAUAUUUUUUAAAUCACUUUUUGUUUAGUGGGCGUUAUCUUGUAUUGCAGGAGAAGGGGUGGUGUUUUUGUAGCACUGAGCCCAGGAAGUGUUCUGUGCAGCAUGUAGGGAUGUACACCGUUCACAGUGAGACUGACUCAACUCCAGGGGCAAUAUCGUAACUGGCACUGUUAAAGUGACAGUUCAGCUAAAAAUGAAAUUAAGCUAUGUUUCUCCUUACCUGGAGCAGUAUCUGUCCAUCCAGAUUGUUUCGCUGAAAUGUAGUAUAUUUUCAUAGUAUUUGCUGUAGUUCACCCUGUUAAAGUGGUCCAAAUGGGUCCUUCAUCCUGUGGCUUCAAAGCCGCAAAACUUUUUUUUAUGUCAAAGAAAUUUGACUCGUUAAUAUCUCAACCAUGAAUUUUCAAAGCUGCUAUGUGCUUUGUAAGUUGCAAACAAGUUGUAACAGUAUAUUGAAACUACAAAACGUCCCGUCACCACGACUGAAGUUCCAUACUAGUCUGCCUGCCUGCUACGCAGCUGGUGUACUUCGAUAGAAGUAAGAUAGUUUGACACAAAUUUGUAGAAUGUUUAGAAAAUAUUUAAUCUAUCAGAAAAUAUGUAGAAAACAACACAUUUACAUUCAUCAUUUGGCAGACACUUUUAAUCCAAAGAGACUUAAGUGCAUAGGUUCUUCCACAGGUUAAAAGCAUCAAAUCCAUAACUAGUAAAACACGGAUUUCAGCUGGACUAUCUGGAUGGACAAUCCGUAGUUCGGCUGGACUAUCCGUACUGGAAACAUACGUUAAUUUCAUUUUUGGGUGAACUGCCCCUUUUAAGUAGUAUGAAGUAUGUGUCAGAGCCACGUGCCAAACUAGAAGAACCAGUUCUGUGGCUGUGUGUUAUUUGUCUACUCUUUGUAUAUGCUAUACAACUUGUGUACUUGAUAGUAAGCAUGGAAGCUGUUUGUGCAGAACCUAAAUGUAAAUGAAUGGGAGCUUAGGUUCCCGUUUGGCUCCAAUAUGUGCAUACGUGACCGCUUUAUUUUAACAACCCUGCAGGCUGUCAAAAUUGCAGCAGGACGGUCUGUAGAAACUGCCCCAAAUAUUGGUCCUCUGGAUCGGUUUCCACGUUUUUCUCAGAAUGGUUUGAAUGAGGGAUGGGGAAAGCUAAUCACGUCCGGAGCAGAUAUUGUCCAGUUUACACUGGAUUUUUCAGUGUAGUAAAUAGUUUUUCCACGUAUAUAAGCAUAUGCAAGAGUGUGUGUCACAAAACAGCUUGAAUGAAGUUGAACAGAAAUGUGUGUGGUGCAAUUCUGAUUGAUUUCUCCCCCACCUAAACAUAACAAGAUUUUUUUUUUUUUUCAAGUGUACUUACGUCAAGUAGGGGGGGGGGGGGUCAAGAAAUACAAAACAAAGUUAUUGCAAAUGUCUGUGCAUUUAUCAAAGGAUUAAGUAAGAACAAUUAUCAAUGAUGUUUGAGAACAAUGUGAUUUUUCAUCUCUAAUCCACUCCCUCCCGCACACAUACACACCAUCUCCGUUAGUCUUGUUUUCCACUUUUAUGGAAAAAAGUUUUUUUGUUUUUUUUAACAGAUGGGGAACUACUGUCAAACUUGGACUUUAAUGCAUUUUUAUUUCUAAUUUUUCUGUUUUCUUUGUACAAUAGUAGUCAAUUGGCUUUUUCAUCGCUGUUAUACUGUUGUAACCUUUUUCCAAGUUUACAUUGAUCUUUUAUUCCUUUUGAUUUUCAUUAUUUUUAAGCAUUUUUAUUUUCUUCAACCAGAACAAUAGAGUGGAAGUUCUGUCACUGGUUCUCUCUAUCUCUCUUUGACUGCAAGUUAUUCUGAGUGUAUAUUACAUGACGAUGCUGAGCGAUGGGAUAAUAAAAGAUGAAAGAACGUU